CACAAACUCCUCCUUCCCCGGUGACAGGCGGCAACACUGAAGCAUCGCCUCGCCUUUUCCAACACAAUCUGCGCUCUGGACUUAAUGUCGAAGCCACUCAGGUGCUGACCAGGCUUGCAGCACUGCUCUGCAAGGAUUCAGGCCAGCUGCUGUUCAGUGAGACCCUGAAACUGAAGCACUGAGAACCACCGAUUUCGCCGAUUCGUGUCUCCAGCUUCUGUCCGACUUCUCGCAAAGAUGUGACAACUGGACUCUGACAGCACCAUGUGACCUGCUAUUAUGGAUUUGGGAAUCAGCAUACAUUGAAUCUACACUCAUCCAGUCACAAUGGUCCCACUUCUGUUUUUGGUGGCAACCACAACAACAUCCAAUUCCACCGGCAAUGGCAACCAAACAAAAGAAGACGUUACAUCCCCCAGCCAACACAUCCUCCCCACCGUGCUGGUCCUGUCCCUACUGCUGCUCAUCAUCGCACUGCUAGCCUGGUACUUCCUCAGGUUAAAAAACCAGAGGAAAGCAGUCGUCACAACUGUCGACAAGAAGGUACCAAAUGGCAUCCUGGAGGAACAAGAGCAACAGACGGUGGUCCUACUCCCAAGAUCCCCGUCGGCCUCCAAGACCUACUUACCCAUCUCAGUUGACCACCUAGAGGAGGAGUACCGGCUCCGCUCUGCUGACGAUGGCAAGCUCUUCAGGGAGGAGUACAAUUCGUUGCCUGGGGGCAAUGCCCAUGGGACGUACGAGGAGGCCAACAAGGACGACAACAAGGAGAAGAACAGAUACCCCAACAUCCUCCCAUAUGAUCAUUCCAGAGUGGUGUUGACUCAGCUGGAUGGAAAUCCCUGUUCAGACUAUGUGAAUGCUUCUUAUAUUGAUGGAUUCACGGAAAAGAACAAAUUCAUUGGAGCACAAGGUCCCAAGGAAGACACUGUAGCAGAUUUUUGGAGGAUGAUAUGGGAGCAGAAAGUAGCAACUAUUGUCAUGCUGACAAAUCUGAAAGAAAGGAAAGAAGACAAGUGUAACCAGUACUGGCCGGAUCAGGGCUGUUGGACGUAUGGGAACGUGAGGGUGGCUGUAGAGGACUUCACGGUGCUCGUGGAUUACACCAUACGCAAGUUCUGUGUACAAUAUCAGCAAGCAAGCGAUGUUGCUAAGACUCCCCGGCUUGUCACUCAGCUUCAUUUCACCAGCUGGCCUGAUUUUGGAGUUCCUUUCUCUCCCAUCGGCAUGCUCAAGUUCCUCAAAAAGGUCAAGACGGUCAACCCACCGUUCUCUGGGCCUAUUGUUGUCCACUGCAGCGCUGGUGUUGGGAGGACAGGAACCUUCAUCGUGAUAGACGCCAUGAUCGACAUGAUGCACGCGGAGCAGAAAGUUGACGUGUUUGGGUUCGUCGCUAAGAUACGAGAGCAGCGCUCGCAGCUCGUUCAGACAGAUAUGCAGUACUCAUUCAUCUACCAGGCCCUGCUUGAAUACUACCUCUAUGGAGACACGGAGCUGGACGUGUCGUCGCUCGAAGGACAUCUGCACAAACUGCACAACACCUUUGCAACCGGUGACCGGGUGGGCCUAGAGGAGGAGUUUAAGAAACUGACUAACAUGCGAAUAAUGAAGGAGAACAUGAGAACGGGGAACCUUCCUGCCAACAUGAAGAAGAACAGAGUUCUGCAAAUUAUUCCAUAUGACUUCAACAGAGUUAUUCUCUCCAUGAGAAGAGGUCAGGAGUUCACCGAUUACAUCAACGCAUCUUUUAUAGAUGGCUACAGGCAGAAGGACUACUUCAUUGCCACCCAAGGCCCUCUGACCUCCACAGUGGAGGAUUUCUGGAGGAUGGUGUGGGAGUGGAAAUGUCACUCAAUUGUAAUGCUCACUGAGCUCCAGGAGAGGGAGCAGGACAAAUGUUGCCACUACUGGCCCACAGAGGACACAGUCACAUACGGAGAUUACACAGUAGAGCUGAAGGGAGACACUUUGUGUGACACCUUUAGCCUACGAGACUUGGUACUCACCUUUGUCCCGGAGAAGCAGACAAGGGUGAUCAGGCACUUCCACUUCCAUGGCUGGCCGGAGAUCGGCAUCCCGGCUGAGGGGAAGGGCAUGAUCGACAUCAUUGCCUCGGUGCAGAGACAGCAGCAGCAGUCCGGGAACCAUCCCAUCGUCGUUCACUGCAGUGCUGGUGCAGGGCGAACAGGUACGUUCAUUGCACUGAGCAAUAUCUUGGAGCGAGUCAAAGCAGAAGGCCUGCUGGACGUGUUCCAAACUGUGAAGAGUUUACGCAUGCAGAGGCCUCAUAUGGUCCAAACUGUGGAACAAUAUGACUUCUGCUACAGGGUGGUACAAGACUUUGUUGACAUUUUCUCAGACUAUGCCAAUUUUAAAUGACGAGAUUUGCCUUAAACAUGGUUUUUAAUGUUGUUUUCUAAAGCUGUCAGUUUUAUGUGUUUCUUUAACUCGGUCAAAUGAUCUAUUUUGCUAUGCACUUGUCCUACCAUUAACUGAGACUCCAUCCUCGCUGUAAUAUAAUGUAUGUCUGUGGAUGAAAAUUGUAAAUGAAAAAAGUUAGAUUAAUAAUGUAUAUUUCACAUCAUGUAUGAUAAUUAUUUUGUCAUGAAGUGUUGUGUCAAACUUGGUCUCUCAUUUCAGUUUUGUUGUAUAAUAAUGUACUUUAAGUGUUUUAAUAAGUGUUAUUUUGAAUUGACCUCUUAAUAUUUUUCAAAGUUGUAGUUAUUGUAAAUGUAUUUAUGUAUUGAUGACAUUCCAUUCUUGAGUUUGGAGAACAUGAUAGGAAUGUUUUGAUUUCAUGUAAACAUACAGCCCAUGCUUUGUUUGUUCAUGACUUCUAUCUGAGAUUAGAGGCGAUAUUUAAACUUUUUUCAAUGUCCUCAAGCUACAUGCCCAUCACGAAUGUGAUACUCUUUCCAAUGGAAAUAUUGUUGAUAAAAAGAUUGAAUCACUUCAGCCAUAGG